AUGGAGCAGCUCACGACCUCUCUUGUUCCCCCUCGUCCUUCCAACAAGACUGCUCCGGCCAACUCGACCCAACAGGUGGCUGGCAGUGUUGCAAAACGACUUAGCAAUGAAUUGAUGACCUUAAUGAUGUCUUCGUCACCUGGAAUCGUCAGUAUUCAUCGUUUCGUGACCUAUGCCGCUCAUCCUCAUUCAUCUCUAAAGUCUGCUUUUCCGAAGAGUGAUGGGAAUCUUUUUGAGUGGGUUGGAACAAUUGAAGGUGCCCCAGGAACGAUCUACGUUGGAUUGACAUUUAGGAUAUCUAUAUCGUUCCCACCAAACUACCCUUACGUAGCACCCACCGUCAAGUUCGAAACACCAUGCUACCACCCUAACGUUGAUCUUGCAGGAGGUUCGAUCUGUUUGGAUAUUUUGCAGGAUAAAUGGUCGGCGGUCUACAGCGUUCAAACCAUCCUCAUCUCCUUACAAUCUCUCCUUGGUGAACCAAAUAAUGCCUCUCCACUUAACGCUGACGCUGCCUCUCUGUGGAACUCGCCAGAAGAGUAUAAGGCUCAGCUGAUGCGACACUACCGCCCCAUCAAGGACGAAUCAACAUGA